ACCGUGUUGACGCGAGGAACGCAUGUGGAAGUACGCGUGUGUUGGAAAUAAUGGAAGCUAAAUCCAGAAAGCCUCUUUCUCCUAAAGAUCGAAAGAACACACUGAAAGGAAAAGAUUCCUUUGGGACCAAAUUUGCUGGAAAACCCGGUCGAAAACCAGGAGGAAAACCAGGAGGAAAACUAGGAGGAAAACCAGGAGGAAAACCGGGAGGAAAGCCAGGAGGAAAGCCAUUUGGAAAGCCGGGAGCCAAAAAGCCCUUCAAAGCGUUUAACAACACAGAGAAGAAGGGCAGACCUCCUGGGAAGGCCAAGGAUGGAGGCAAGUUUGCUUUCUCCAAAGGCGGAAAAGAGAAGUUUGGGAAGAGAAAACUGUCAGAGAUCAAAGAGGAGGAAGACGAGGGUGAAGGUCCCACCGCCAAGAGGGUGAAAGGCGAGCAGAAGAGAAUUCUGGGAAAGGAGGAGCUGAAGCAGAACAGACAGCAGAGGAAGAAAGAGCUGAAGAAGAGCAGGCAGGAGGCGGAGAGGAAGGACAUGUUCCAGAUCAUCUGCCAGUCGAAGAGAGUGUGGGAGGAGCUCAGGAAAAAAAAGUGUGAAGAGGAACUGAAGAAGAAGCUGAUGAAGGAGCUUCAUGAUCUGCUCCGGGGGAAGGUCAAGCAGAUGGCGUUUGCUCACGACGCGGUGCGGGUUCUGCAGUGCUUCAUCCAGUUCGGCAGCCACGAGCAGAGGAGGGAGGUGUUCGAGGAGAUCAAAGACGACGUCAUCACUCUGUCCAAGUCUCAAUAUGGCCGACAUGUGGUGAAGAAGCUGCUGAUGUACGGGAACAAGGAGCUGGUGGCGUCCGUCAUUCAGACGUUCAAAGGUCACGUGCGGCCGAUGCUCCGCCACGCUGCCGCCUCUUCCAUCAUCGAGUACGCCUACAACGACAAGGCGGUGCUGGCUCAGCGGCUCCUGCUCACGGACGACCUGUACGGGAACACGUACGCCGUCUGCAAGACGGCGGAGUGCAACACCAUCGAGAAGGUGGCGGCAGCGAAUCCUGACAAGCUGAAGGGCAUCAUGGAUGAGAUGAAGCAGAUCCUGACUCCCAUGGCCCAGAAAGAGCAGGUGAUCAAACACUCUCUGGUCCACAAAGUCUUCCUGGAUUUCUUCCUGCUGGCGCCUGAGAAGCAGAGAACGGAGAUGAUCGAGUCCAUCAGAGAGUCGGUCGUCUACAUGGCGCACACACACGACGGCGCCCGGGUGGCGAUGCACUGUCUGUGGCACGGCACGGCCAAGGACAGAAAAGUCAUCAUCAAAACCAUGAAGACGUACAUGGUGAAGUUCGCCACGGGGGAGUUUGGCCAUCUGGUCCUUCUGGCCAUAUUCGACUGUGUGGACGACACCAAGCUGGUCAAACAGGCCGUGCUCUCGGAGAUCCUGUCGUCUCUGGAUGAAGUCAUGGGGAACAAAUACGGGAAGAAGGUGAUGCUGUACCUGCUGAGCCCCCGAGACCCGGCUCACCUGCUGCCGGAGAUCAUCAAGGUGCUGGAGAUGGGAGACGGAAACGCACACAGUAAGAAGGACACGGCCCUGAGGAGGAAGGAGCUGCUGGAGGUCGUGUCUCCGCCGCUGCUGGAGUACCUCUGCAGCAACGCCGCCCAGAUGGUGAUCAGCAAGGCGACCAGCGUCACCAUCAGCGACAUCCUGGCGUCGGCCUGCGGGGACCUGCGGCCCGCCAUGACGGCCGUGGCUCGGCUGGCGAGCCACGAGCUGGUGCCGGGCGGCGUGGACGGAGAGCUGCACAUGGCCGAGCACCCGGCCGGACACCUGGUGCUCAAGUGGCUCAUCGAGCAGGACGUCGCACUGGCGGAGGCCGGCAAGGAAGAGCGCUUCGGCAGGAUCCUGGUGGACACGGUGGGAACAGACACCAUGAAGAGCUGGGUCCGCGUCAACAGAGGAGCCAUGGUGCUCUGCAGCCUCCUGAACAGCUGCGAUAAGUCGGUGUCUGCGGAGGUGAAGGAGGCGCUGAAGUCCAUCACCUCGGAGCUCCAGAGUCUCAGCAGCAUCAAAGGAGUGGAAAUCCUGCUGGAGAACCUCAACAAGUAGACUUUU